AUGCGAGUAGCGAGUGACGUCGUGGAUGUGCUAAAACGGAAGUCGCGUCGCCAUAAACGGGAGGAUCCAGAACACGUUUGCUGGAGCAGGCUGAAUACAAGGCGCCCCUCAAAGCCUCAACGAACGCCCGGCACAGGCAACCAGCCGCAAUGGCAGCGCAUAUACCCACCCCGUUCAUCCCCCGCGCGCUCCUGGAGACGCUCAGCGCUCAGGGCCGACCCGCUCCUCGACGUCGACCUCGGCACGACCGCCGGCACGCGCGAAUGGAUCGGCCACCGCGCCGCCCUCGCGAGCGGCGCCACCUCCCCCGACACCGUCAUCGCCAUCUCGGGCGACGCGGAGCUCGAGCGCCUCUACUGCGUGCAGAACGACAAGGCGUGGCUGCACUACGCCGCCGAGCGCGGCGACCCGCUCUGCGCGCGCGCGGGUGCGACUGUCGACCGCGCGGACAAGCGCGGGCGCACGCCGCUCCUAUCCGGGAUGGCCGUGCUCGCAACCUACUCUCCUGGGCCUGGGCGCGCGGACGACCCGGUCCCGGCGAGCGUCGCGACCAUCGCGGCGCGCCUGCGCUGGGUGUGCCGCUUGCUCGUCGAACAGCAUGCGGACGUGACUGUUGAGCUGGGCGGGAUAUCGAUCCUCGACUGGGCAUGCCUUGCGGGGGACUGGGAGAUGAUCGAGCUGCUGCUGCUGCACGGGGCACACCCGCGCACGGGUCGGCUGGGGGAGCACAAGGCAGACAAGGAGAGGUUCGAGAGGCUGGUGGAGGAGACGGAUAGACGGCAGGGCAGGCCGCCGAGGCCGUGUCCUUGUUGGUCGGGCAAAGCGCUCGCCGAGUGCCACGCAGCCGCGCCCCAGGCGUACCCGCCCGCAUACAGCUGCCCUUGUGGUUCUAUCAGAAGUUAUGGAGAGUGCUGCUUGAAACGGGGGGUAGAGUAUACCGAGCAGUGGGAUGAAGGGGAACAGCGCAUACGUAGCAGGCGAAAGGGGGAGGUCGACGUUAGUACGGAGGCGGAGGACCCGGCGGGCGACGUGACAUCGCUCAUCGAGAGUAUGCAGCAAAUGUCUGUCAAGAAGGGGCCGCAAGGUGCAGGGAGAUCCGGUCGGGUGGACCCGAGGGAGGCAGAGCGCAUCUACACUGCAGCCAUCGCCCGCUGUGUCAAGGACGCGCUGGUACCCAAAGGACUCGUCGAUCCCGCUUUCGUCUACGCCAUGCCCAAGGCGGGCUUCUGCCCCAUGUGCGUCAUAAAGCCUUCUCGCGUCACGGACUUCUCGCAUGUCGUCGCGGGCACGGACGGACGUGCGCGCGAGGAGAUCGAGCGCGCGGCGAAGAUCAGCGCGGGCGGCGGCGCGCUCUUCCGCGCGUGCGAGGGCGCGGGGUGCCGUAAAGUGGAAGGGCGCGACGUAGAGCGGCUCAACGCGUGUGCCAAGUGCAAGGCGGCCGUGUAUUGCAGCCGGGCGUGCCAGGCGUCGGCGUGGAAGACGCAUAAGGAGGCGUGCGGGAGCGCGGAGUGUGGUGGGCAGAUGCUUCCGUCGCAAGUGGCGAUUCGGGAGCGCGUGUCCCCCGUGUCGGUGGAGAGUGCUUGA